AUGGCAUCCGCCGUUUUGUCCAGAGUUCUCUCUUCUUCUCACCGUUUCCUGGUCCAAUCCUCUCCGUCUUCAUCACUCUAUUCUGCUUCUCUGCCUAAAUCGACUCAAUUGUUGACAUCUCUUUUUAGGAAAGUACCAGUGAACUCCUUUACUGCGUCAAGCUGGUCUUGUAGGAAGCCGCAUAUUUUUGUGUGUAGAAUGUCAUCAUCAGUGGCAACAUCAGAAGUCUCAUCUUCCAAUGCUUCUCUGCUGCCUAAAGAUCCUGUAGUUUCUGUUGACUGGCUCCACACAAAUCUUGAAGAGCCUGAUUUGAAGGUACUCGACGCGUCCUGGUAUAUGCCAGAUGAGCAGAGGAAUCCACUUCAAGAGUAUCAGGUUGCUCACAUUCCUGGUGCACUUUUUUUCGACGUGGAUGGCAUAUCAGACCGAUCAACUAAUUUGCCCCAUAUGUUGCCAUCAGAAGGAGCAUUUGCUGCUGCUGUUUCUGCCCUCGGUAUUGAAAAUAAGGACGGUUUGGUUGUAUAUGAUGGGAAAGGAAUUUUCAGUGCAGCUCGGGUUUGGUGGAUGUUCCGUGUGUUCGGGCAUGACAGAGUUUGGGUUCUAGAUGGAGGGUUGCCGAGAUGGCGUGCAUCAGGAUAUGAUGUUGAAUCAAGUGCAUCUGGUGAUGCCAUCUUGAAAGCUAGUGCUGCCAGUGAGGCAAUAGAAAAAGUAUAUCAAGGACAGAGAGUUGGGCCGAUCACAUUCGAAACCAGAUUUCAGCCACAUCUUUUGUGGACACUAGACCAGGUCAGAAAUAAUAUUGAGGAGAGAACAUAUCAACUUGUUGAUGCUCGUUCAAAAGCAAGGUUUGAUGGAGUUGCUCCUGAGCCUCGGAAAGGAAUUCGAAGUGGCCAUGUUCCCGGAAGCAAGUGUGUUCCAUUUCCGCAGAUGUUGGAUGGCUCACAAACUCUCUUGCCUGCCGAUGAGCUGAAGAAAAAAUUUGAAGAACAAGGCGUGUCAUUGGAGAAUCCAAUUGUUACCUCAUGUGGGACUGGCGUUACGGCUUGUGUAGUUGCGCUGGGCCUUCAUCGACUCGGAAAAACUGAUGUCCCCGUGUAUGAUGGAUCGUGGACCGAAUGGGGAUCUAAUCCUGACACUCCCGUCUCGACAUCUUUGGAUGAAUAG